UGGAAGUGAAUUGGCUAAUGCUUGCUAAUUGGACUAUGUACUGUGAUGGUCACAGAUCAGUGCCUAUCAACUGCCAGUAUUACCAUUCAACCCCCUAUCCAGUGCCCCAUCUUGGAGGGGGGACUGCAGAAGUGGGUUGGGUGGCAAGAAAAAGGAGAUGAGUGUUGUCUUAAAGGAACUGAUGGGAUAGGAAGGAAGUGUACAUGUAGUACUAGUGGUGUUGCCGGGUGUUGUACCGGUGCUCCUGGCACUCCUUGUCAUGACUGUACCACGUGUGGUCCUAGUGGUAAAAACAAGUGCUACCAAUCGGCUUACCAGAGACCAAAUGGUCAACCUAGUCCCCCGGGUCCCCCUACAGAAUGCUACUGGCCCACCAUCUCGGACAAGCCAGAUCAAGUCCACCUCCUGGCCCGUAUUUUCCUAGGGUCGGUAUGUCUCAUAUGGAGUGGACUCAGUCAGUUGGGGUUCCUAACAGGUGAUAGCAGGUGGAAGGAUAGUAGUUUGCACAAAAUAGAGCCCAGUGGAAAGGAUAAUGUUGGUCUCGGCUCAUUCAUGGCGGCCAUGGGCUAUGACCUGGAGAGGUUGAAUGGGAGUCCUCCAGGUAAGUACUGCCUAGGGUAGUGAUGCUAUUAAUGCAUGUAAGAAGAUCAGCAGUUUAUUGCUUGUGAUGGCAAUUAUGUGGUACUAUUGAGUAC